UCCGUAAAUAGAAUUUACGUCAGAUGAGAAGUGGUAAUGAGAAGUCUUCUCCAAUUACUUGCAGCACUUAAAGUGACGAUUAGACGCAAUUUCAUGGGUGAGGGAUCAUUUUUUAUCACUCCUGUUUUGAGAGACGAAAUUAAUCUUAAGUUGGUAAAUAAAGAAGCGAGGAAGAAAAUGACAACGAUAAUGAAAGUUAAUGUCAAUUUAGAAUCGCCACCAAACAAUCCGAAAUUUAUCAUGAAGAUAAUUACACGUUUAAUAGUAUUUCUUGGAGAAUAUGAAACGUUCCGAGAUUUCCAUGACAGUUUGGAAAUUUCUUUGACAAAAGUGAAUUAAUUAUUAGUUCAUGCACUCAAAGAAAGCAUUAGAUUAUUCAGCAAAUUGAAAUUAACGCGCAAACAGAAUGAAAAUAUAAGUUAGAAAAAAAAAUUAAGAUUACUUUUACAUUUUAAAUUAUUAAAUGUUUCUAAGAUAUACAAGCAAAAGCUUUUGUUCUGAAUUCCAAAGAAACAAAUUCAUUCGGAUAGUAUGGUUUUAUCUCUAUUCUUGUAUUCUGUAACUAGAUAAAUGUAUGUUUUUACCAGUAAUAUAUAUAAAAUCUUUAGCAUAAAUGCAUCAGUAUUCCUCCCCCCUUAAUAGAUUCUGAUGGAAUAAUACACAGUUUAAAAAAUUAAAUACAUUUUUUUGCUCAAAUGAAAUGUUUUUUAAACAAUAAGAGCAAACUUAUUUUUAGAAGUCAAAUAUAUUUCAUUCAAACUAAUCUUUUAUUUUGCAUGUCAUUAUUGAUAACUAUCUUUAAUUACCACUUCAAAAAAUGAACUUAUAAUUUAUGUUCUUAAAUGGCGAUUUGUUACAGAUAAUUCAAUAUAUUUUCAAAAACUGUUUUUCCGAAUUACAUCUCCAAAAUAUCCCUUACCUACACAAACCCAAAAACAAUUCAAACAGGAAUAAACUUUGUGAAGAACUGAUUUGCAUUAUUUUAGUUAUAAAGGCAUUUCUUUAGUUUCUUUUUAAGAUCUCGUCUAACAGGUACUGAUACGAAGAAGACAUCUAUGUUCCACAAUGCAUUUGCGGACACUGAUUACUGUUUUCUGCAUCCUGAUACUUCUGGCUAAUUUAUCAGAGAGCGCUAGGAAAGGUGGUGGAAGAAGAAGAGGGAAGCAUAGAAAAAUGGGUUCCCAAAGACUGAUAUUUUACACAAACCCGAGAAGAAAAGAGUAUUACGAUAAUGAAAACGGAGCUAAAAUCAUCAAAGCAUCACAUUUUGAUUAUGAAUUUUUACUUGGACACAAGAUAUCCUUUAUUUGUGCAGCAAAAGGAGAUCCUCGUCCUCGUGUCACAUGGUUUAAAGAUGGAAUCGAAUUACAUGCCCACCCAUAUUUGCAGAUAACUGAAUGGCAUAAAGGUCAUGAUUAUAUUAAAAGCAAACUGGAAAUAACUCCUGCACGCCAAAUGGAUUCUGGGACUUAUGAUUGUGAAGCAAAUAAUAAAUAUGCAAUUGAUAGACGUAGUUUCAAAGCUGAUUUUGGAACACUAAGUUAAAUUAAAUUGUUUGCUUAUAUACACAUAAAGCACAAUUAUCAUAAAUAUAUUUUAAGACAUUUCACAUGUCAUAGUUAUGAUUUACACUUUUUUUUCAGAAUUAAUGAGCAUGUAUACAUGAGCACAAUACUUUCAAUCAAUUCAAUAAUUUAGAAAUGCAACAAACUGAAAAAUAAUAUGAUUCAAUUGCUACUGAAAACGCUUUCAGCAUUUUAUAUAAUUUUUUUUUAAAUUUGCAAUUGCUAAUUUCUAAAAAAUUAAGACACAUGUGAUAGUGAUUUCAAAUGAAAUAUCUGCAGAAAGCCUGUAAUGUUGAAAUGUAAUUAUCCGCAUAUGUAAAUGUCUGCUGCUUACAGACUGCCAUAAAAUAUUCAAUAGGUCAAAUGAAAGAAAAAAAAGAGAGAAAAAGAAAAAAAAAAAAAAGAAAAGAACAAUCCAUUGUUUAUAGCAUUUCAGUAGCAAUUAUGAAAAAAUUUUAACAUUUUUGAUGUUUUAUAGAAAUGUAUGGAUUAUGACACUUAACAGGUUUGUGAAGAUUUCCAUUCUACUCCUUUGCAUGAAAAUGUAAUCAUGCAGUGUGAUACAUAGGCAGUAUGACCUAUAUUAGGUUCUGAUAAUUUCUAAAUAUUUGGCUUGAUUUUGGAUAAUUGCAUACAUUUUAUUUUUAAAAAAUUUAAUCACCUAAAAUCAAAUUUUCUACAUGUUGGUAAAAUUAAAUAAAAAAAAAGGUUUUUUUAAAUUAUGAGAAAGAAAUUUCAAAAUUACAGAAAGAACUAAUAGUAGCAAACAGAAAUUACAUUUAAUGAUUCAGAAGUCUAUGGAAAGGUGCUAUUUACAUAAUCAAUAGAAUAUUCAUAUAGUAUGUGAUAAAUAAGUUAAAUGACAUAUCUUUAACAUUAAAUUAAUAAAAUGAAUGUGUGUUGUCAUGAUUUCCAUAUAAAUAUUUAGUUUUUCAACACAGAGAAAUGUUAAAAAGCACCAAUUGUUUAUUCAGUAUUUGUCCUACAAAAUGAAACAAAAUUUGAUGUUGAUGAAUGUUCACAGGAUUUGUGAUUGUCAAUGUUUGUA